UGAACGAGGCCUAAGUUGUCGUCGCAGUGACUCUAGGUCCUACAGGGCGACUGCACUUCCAAGUAACGGGGAAGGCACCCACUGGUUACCUUCGCCUACUUUGACCACGGCGUUUGUAGGAACAGCGGCUCCUCUUUCCUGGUGUAGAUCGGAGAGCGGCUGCAAAGAGCAGCAGGGUACACAGCGAGGCACGUCUUUUAUGCUUGCGAUUGGAAGGAAUGCCUUAGCUUAAAAGACCUGACUGCCGAUUGUGCGUAAACUAGACAGCCGCGAUCAAUUCUUUUGUGCAAAUUCCCCUAAGGAAGGGUGCUGUUCCUCGGGGAAUUUGCAAACCACCGGGCGGGAGCAAAACUUUGACCACAGGCAGAAGCCGACGUGGGCCACGUGGAGGCAGCAUGCCGUGUUCUCAACGUGCGCCAACGGCCUGGGCUGAGCUGUUGCUAGCCUCCCUGCCCAGCCACGGCGCCGUAGGUUCGAAGAGGCACUAACGACAGGUUCAGCGGGAAACGCGCGGCUCCAGCCGGCUGCGCCUCUCGGGGCUUAUCUCCACGUGGAGCGUGCGCGUUUGGUGCCGGAGAACCCGGGAGUGGAAGGGCUUUGCCGGCGCUCCCUCAUAGGGUCUGGCUUCCUGCGGGGUUCAUUCACGGCCAGGGCCAUUGAGAGGGGUGGGGGAAAGUAUUGUCCCUCCCUUAGCAGACCUAAAAACUCACACCUGCUUUCGCAGAACAAGAGCUGCCGUGUGCCCGGUGGCGCAUUCUUCAUUGCCUGUUUUUACGCACUGAAGGAAAGAGGGGAGGAGAAAGAAAGUUUCAUCAUCACUUCGGAGUGCCGAGCAGACUUAUAAAAACGGCCGGCUCCCGCUCUUUCGCCCUGGUAGCUUUCCAUACUGGCUCAUAGGAAGGUGGCUACGAAGGCAGGCACCUGAUCGCAGGAGAGUAAACGGGGUGCAGAGGCUCGGAGCUCCCUCGUGCUUUGUCUCCCCAGGAGUCGGCAGAUUGUGCUGGACGGGCCAUGGGGAUUCAGCCAGAGGAAAAGGGCAAAGCGCCGAGAAUCGGUAACAACAAGAGUUUCAGCACCUGCUCCGGGAACAUCUUCUGUAACAUCAAGGUGUUUGUGGCCUGCCAUAGCCUGCUGCAGCUGUCCCAGCUCCUCUACAGUGCCUACUUCAAGAGCAGUCUGACGACCAUCGAGAAACGCUUUGGUCUCUCCAGUGUGUCCUCUGGCUUUAUCUCCAGUUUACAUGAGAUUGGCAAUGUCGUCCUCAUCGUCUUUGUGAGCUACUUCGGCAGUCGAGUUCACCGGCCUAGAAUAAUUGGCCUGGGAGGCCUACUGUUGGCACUGGGGGCUUUCCUUCUAACUCUUCCACAUUUUCUCUCAGGCACCUAUGAAUACUCAUCAACACACUUCAAUGCAGGUAACGACAGCAGCAGUACCAGCUCUGAGCUCUGCAACAAAAAGAAUGAAUUUAUGUGUCCAAGAACCAACGUGAGCAUCCAGAGACAGGACAGCACCAUGUGGGGAAUAAUGGUAGUUGCACAGCUAUUGGCAGGAAUUGGGACAGUCCCCAUCCAGCCUUUUGGGAUCUCCUAUGUGGAUGACUUUGCUGAGCCAAACAACUCUGCCUUGUACAUAGCAAUCUUAUUUUCCAUUGCGGUGUUUGGCCCAGCUUUUGGCUACUUGCUUGGCUCUGCAGCACUGCGGAUAUUUGUGGACUAUGGGAGGGUUGACAUGAAGGAUGUAAACUUGCUUCCGGGAGACCAGCGCUGGAUUGGAGCCUGGUGGUUGGGGCUCCUCAUUUCGUCAGGCUGCUUGUUGCUCACAUCUGUUCCCUAUUUCUUCUUUCCUCGAUAUAUGCUCAAAGGGAGGCAAAACUCUGUGGACAUCCUGAAGAAGAUUGAGAAGGCUAAGGCGGAGGAAGGAUUCCUGGUAGAUUUUAUUAAAAAAUUCCCCCGAGGCUUCUUGAGGCUGCUGCUCAAUCCAGUCUUCAUAUUAUUGGUCCUAACCCAGUGUAGCUUCUCCUCUGUCAUUGCUGGCCUCUCCACCUUCCUCAACAAGUACCUGGAGAAGCAGUUUGGUGCCAGCUCCUCCUAUGCAAACCUCCUCAUUGGAGCUGUGAACCUGCCUGCAGCUGCUCUAGGAAUGCUGUUUGGAGGCUUCAUCAUGAAGCGUUUCGGUUUCUCCCUUAAAGCUAUCCCACGGUUUGCCAUCAUGGUGCUACUUCUCUCCACCCUAUGCUCUCUCCCUCUCUUCUUCUUGGGCUGCCCCACAGAGAAGAUAGCUGGAAUUUAUCCAGCCCGUACAUCAAGUUCCCCAGCACAAGAUCAAUGCAACAAGGAGUGCUCCUGCUCAGACUAUCUCUUCCACCCAGUCUGUGGAGACGAUGGUGUAGAGUACCUUUCUCCCUGCCAUGCUGGCUGCCAUGCUGGCUGUACUGAUAUCUUCAGUAAUUCUACAUCCAAGAUUAAGAUCUACACAAACUGUUCCUGUAUCCACACUAAGAAUGGCCAGUCCUCAGCAAAGACUGGAUCCUGCCCAAUCAGCUGUGCCCAUUUGCUACUGCCUGUGAUUUUCAUCAUCUCAUUUGCUGCAUUGCUUGCCUGCCUGAGUCACAACCCUCUCUACAUGAUGGUGCUACGGGUGGUGAACUAUGAUGAAAAGUCAUUUGCAAUUGGAAUCCAAUUCUUGUUGAUGAGGUUGCUAGCUUGGUUGCCGGCUCCUGCUCUCUUUGGCCUCAUCAUCGACUCCUCAUGCAUCUGGUGGAGGAAACACUGCAACAAAAGCGGAUCUUGCGCUUACUAUAACAAUAACUUCCUCCGCAGCAGGUAUUUAGGCCUCCAAGAGGGUUACAAAAUCAUCGGCAUUCUCCUGUUAACCUUAAUCAGCUGGAAACUGACAAAGAACAAGGAAUACAAUGUGCAAGACAAAGCUGCUGGCCUAGUAUAGCUCCGUGCUGCAAGAAGACCCAUCUCAAGUGCCAUUUUGUUCCAUGCCUUUAUUUACUAACAGUACUUAGCCUUUGUGGCUUAUUUUUUAACUGUAAGGGAACCAUUUCAUAUUAGCAGCUGAACUGUUAAACUUCUGCAUUAUCAGCUUCUGCCGUGAGUAGCCCAGCUAAAGCAACGUAUUGUCAAACGAAGAACAAACGGGGCUCCCGGUGACCAAGUAUCUAAUCAGUGUUAAAGAGUCGAUGUAGCCGGCGAAUUUUUUCAAGAGGCGGUCGCCAUGAAAAUUUCCCCAAGCUUAGGAAAGGGACACCCAGCAAGUUACAGCAAGGGAGUCAUCUUUUAGGAUUGCGCUUGCGCAUUCUCUGCAGCCAUCCAGGCAUGCCCAAGACGUGGAGGUUUCCUUUGUUCUUCUAAGCUGAUUGGCCUGACAGGUUGGAGGAAAAGCAAACCGUCCCAUGGAAAAACAUCAAAGCGACGGGAAUGACAAGCGAAAGCUGUUACAGUUGAAAGAACUGUGUAAAUAGCAUUUGAGGUUGGUGAGGAGGGAGGUGUCCUGGUUCCCAGUGGCUUCCUGUACUGACUGAUUCUACUGAACAUGUUGCAUUAUGCCAGGAUUGGCGAAGGUAUGGAACAAGGAGUGGGGGGAGAUUAUAACUCUGCUUGGCCCUGCCCACUGCCCUGCCUUCUCUUCUCCCCCCUCCCGUUAUACAGGUCUGGACAUAAAUUCCACUCAGUGUAUAAAGUUAGUUGUGAUAUAUAUAUUGAAUUUUUAAAUAAAAGCAACUUUUUCCCAA